AUGGUAGAACCAGAAAAAUAUUUUUAUAACGACAUAAGAGCGAACGAAUUAAACAAUGAUUACAGCGAAGAAUAUGAAAUUGAAAGUACUGAUCACAGUGAUAAGGAAAAUUUCCAUACAUCAAUAAUGCAGAACGAAUUAAAUCAACAAUAUGGUUACAAUUAUAAUACAUGUGAAGGAAAUAACGUUGUAAACAAGAUAACAGAAGAUAAUGAAGUAUAUAAAAUGUAUGAAAUGAAUAAGCCAUAUAAUGAACAAUUUGAAAAAGACACAAAAGUCUUAGAUGAUAAAGAAAAUAUUAAUAUGCACAGCAAAGCAAUCAAAGAAAAGAAGGAUGCAAUGAGUAUUCACAAACGCGCUACGAAAAGAAAAGUGUCAUACGAAAAAAGAAUGAAAAAUAAUCGCAAUGAAAUACGUUGCCCUACAAGAAAGGCUGAAUACGUUGAAAAUGAUAAAUUGAAUAGAAAAUAUUCCAUUAUAAGUGAGGAAUUGCGCAAAGCAUCAAUAAUGAACCAAGUUAAAGAAAAACUCAAAAAGAUUCUGCAAAAGAAAUUGCAUGCAUUAAUAUUUAAAAUUAGAGAAACAAACAAAGAAUUCAAAGUGUAUGUAAAAUAUUAUCCUCCUUAA